AUGGUAUCAAUGUUUAUGGAGUGGUUGUGGAGUGGUUGUGGAAUGGUUCUGAUCACAACAAAGAAUAAUAAUGCUUUGUACAAAACGACGGUGCCCGCUGCAGCUGAUGUCAUUGUUUCGAUGUCUGCUUCUGGUACUGCUGCUACAGCAUCCAUACUCUUAGGUGCAAUACGAAGAAACCAUCAGACUGCAACACUCAACAUCCCUAAAAAUAAUGUCUCUCGAGUUUCACUGGAACUGGGGCAAAGUACAUCAUCAACCACUACUAGCAUCGCACCUACUGAAAAAGAUGAUCUCAUCAAAACACUUCAGCUGCCGUUGGAGAAAGUGUAUUUGAAGAUUAAAAACAGAGAGUUUCAACGCCAGUUUAAAUACCUCAACGAUAUGACGUCUUUGCAGUUGAAAAAUUUUCAGAAAUUUACAACGAAUUUGGAAAAUCGAAUACGUGAUGAAACCAACUACGAUAUAAAAAGCUUGUCAGUGGUCAACUUUAUAAGCCCGAAUUUGGCUAACAUUCCUAGACUCGUGCGUCUGAUACAUUUAGACCAUUAUCCUAGACAGUUACUUGCAUACCAUCAACUACAGGACAAGCAAGAAUUAUUAACCUACCUUUUGACACGUACAUUUUACCAAUAUUACGAAAAAUACACGAUUCAAACCACUCCCUUUGAAAGUAAAGAGAUUGAUUUCUCAAACCCUACAGAAUGGUUUCCCGAAGCUCGUAAGAUGAAAAGGAAAAUUGUGAUGCAUGUUGGUCCUACAAAUAGUGGCAAAACGUACCGCUCUUUGGUUCAACUUUCGAAAUCAAAGACGGGGUACUAUGCAGGUCCGUUAAGGUUACUAGCACGUGAAAUCUGGGAACGUUUCAAUAAGCAAGGUGUUGGAUGUAACUUGAUUACAGGUGAAGAGAUUAUUCCUUCAAUUGAUGAGUAUGGUCAUAUAAGCGGAGUCGCUUCGGGCACGAUAGAGAUGAUCCCGUUGCAUAAAACAAUGGAUUUGUGCGUUAUUGAUGAAAUUCAAAUGAUACAAGAUGAGCAACGUGGGUCAGUGUGGACAAAUGCCGUCUUGGGGGUCUUGGCACGUGAAAUACACUUGUGUGGCGAAGAAAGUGCUGUUCCACUUAUUGAAAAAUUGGUCAAAUACACGGGAGACGAUUUGGAGAUCAAGCGUUUCAAGAGAAUGGGCAAGCUUACCGUGGAGUCACAGCCAGUAGACUUGUACAGUUUAAGAAAAGGUGAUUGUUUAGUUGCGUUUGCCAAACGAAAGAUUUUGGAGUACAAGUCCAAAUUGGAAAAAAAUACAAAUUUGCGAGUAGGAGUAGUGUAUGGUGGAUUGCCACCAGAAAUACGUGCACAAGAGGCUGAAAAGUUCAAUACUGGGAAGUAUGAUGUUUUGGUUGCUUCUGAUGCGGUAGGAAUGGGCCUUAAUUUGAAAAUCAAACGUAUUGUGUUUUCCUCUACAAAUAAAUACAAUGGUACUGAGCUUAAAAACCUUACACCGUCGCAAGUAAAACAGAUUGCAGGAAGAGCAGGCCGUUUUAGUGUUGAAAAGGGGUCGCAAGAAGGGUUUGUCACUGCUUUAACGAGAGAGUCGUUGGUAUUUAUAAAAAAGAAUAUGGAUACGCCGAUUGAGUAUUUGAGUCGCGCUCGGAUCUGGCCAUCGGAGUUGGUUUGGAAACAUUAUAUGGCCAACCAAUCAACUACAGAGUCUCUUUACGAAACAUUUACUCGGUUUUUGUCGGAAAAAAUGAAAUUUGAGCAUGAAGAUUAUGAGUUGUCCGAGGUUGCUCCCAAAUUGGAGAUUCUUCAAAUCAUUUCGGACGAUAAGUAUCUACGCAACAUGACCAUCAACGAUCAAUUUGUACUAGCAGAAACACCAAUAAAUUUGAGAGGCGUGCUUGGCAAUGAGCUUAUUCAGCCAAUAAUCAAGAUGUUUUUACAAAAUGUUGUGGAUCGUCAAUCUAGAACGAUAUUUGAGUUUUCAUUGUUGCAGGACCCUCUUAUUAUUGAGGUUUUGAGUUCGCGACCUAUUUUGAAAAGCGUGGAAUCCACAAUGGAGAAUGUGGAGAUUUUGGAAGCAAUCCAUAAAUUAGUUUUGGUGUUUCUUUGGCUUAGUCAGAGAUACUCUACAUUGUUUAUCGAUAAGCAGUCAGCAACCGAGUUAAAAGCGCUUGUUGAGAAGCGGUUGAGUGAAGAGUUGCGAAAUUUGAAACGAAUAAACAAUUUGCGUCGAAGAAGAUGA